AUGACACUUCAAUCAAAUAUCAAUUCUCACAAUGUCGACGGCCUUGAUUAUAUUCAUAACGAUGACGGAAAUGAACACCACCAUCAUCAUCAUCAUCAAGAGUAUGAUGAAGAAAUCGGAGAAGCUGAAAGUGAUCUCAUUGAAAAUUAUCGCUUUUUAACACAACAUUGUGGUGUUCUACGUAAAUCUCCUACAACCAAUUUGUUACGUUCGAUUCAACAGAAACAAAGCAAUCAAGCAUCUAUUCUACGUUGUAAUUCAUUUCAACAUGAAGAUACUAUUCAUAAUAGCGAUGAUGAACAUGAAUACUCGUUUCCUUCGACUAAACAACAGUACUCUUCAAUAAAUGACUUGAAUAAUAAUAAUCAUGAUUAUACUACGACGGCGACGACAACAGCAACAGCAACAAGUCGUUUACCUCCGACAAUAUAUUAUGAUGAUACAGAUGAUAAUGAAAUAGAUGAUCAUCAUUCAUUUUCAUUAAUUAAAUUAUUCGCACGUAUGAAAACACGUUUAAAACAUGAUAAACGUUACCGUCCAAAACCGUCACAUGAAUUACUUCCCGAAGAAGAACCUUACGAAUGGUAUGAACUAACAAAAAAUGUUCGAAAUGUUUUAACCAAAGUUCUUGUACCAGAAACAAAUGACGAAACGACAAUAAAUCGUACGAAAAAAAUUCACAGUAGAAAAGGAUCAUAUAGAAAAUCUCGUGAAAGCUAUCCUGUUCUAUCAAAAGAUAAUGAUGAUGAUGAUAAAAUUCAUAUUGAAAUAAUUGACGCACUAAAUACAGAUGGUGAUGAAGAAUACGAUGAAAUUAUAUGGAAUAGCUUUUUGGCUUGUAAAAGAGGACCGAAUUAUAGACGUUGUGGAGUUUGUAAAACUGUUGAUCGACAAAAAUAUCAAGGACAAUUAGUUUAUUUUUAUGGUGUUGCUAAUAAUAUUUUAAUUGAUGAAAAUUUAAAAGCGUCUGGUUUGGGUUAG